AUGGUUAGAAAUUAUAAAAGGACAUCAAGUAGAGCAAAAGUACCUAUCGACGUAAUAAAAAUUGCCGUAAAAAAAGUUUUAGUUGACAAUAUGUCACGCAGAAGUGUAGCACAAGAUUACAAUAUACCGUUUAAAACAUUAUCACGCUAUUGUAAAAAACGUGAACUCUUAGAUAACGAAGAAGAUCAUAUUAACCAGGUUAGUGGUGUAGGGUACAGUAAACAUAAACAAGUAUUUUCAAUAUGUGAAGAGGAACAGUUUGCUGCUUAUAUAAAAAAAUCUUCAGAUAUUUAUUAUGGCUUAUCACCAAACGAAGUUCGUAAGCUAGCAUAUCAGUAUGCAUAUGAAUUGAAAAUAAAAAACAUUCCUGAAAGUUGGUUGAAAAAUAAAAUUGCUGGGCCAGAUUGGUUUACUAGUUUUAAAAAACGUAAGACUGAUUUAUCUAUACGAAUUCCAGAAGCGACAAGUCUUGCUAGAGCAUCCAGUUUUAAUAGAAUAAAUGUUCAAAGAUUUUUUGAUAAUUUAAAAAUCGUUUUAAGUCGUCAUUCAUUUGAUCCGGGGGAUAUAUAUAACAUGGACGAAACGGGUAUAACCACAGUACAGAAACCCAAUAAAGUUGUAGCUCGUAAAGGUUUUAAGCAAAUUGGUCGAAUAACAUCAGCUGAAAGAGGCACAUUAGUUACUUUGGCGUAUUCUGUUUCAGCAGCAGGUAACAGUGUUCCACCAUAUUUUGUUUUUCCCAGAGUUAAUUUUCGAGAUUAUUUUUUAUCCAAUGGUCCUUCUGGCUGUGCUGGCGGUGCAAACGUGUCAGGGUGGAUGAAUGAAACCCAUUUUGUUAAAUAUUUAAAACAUUUUGUUAGAUUUGUGAAAUGUUCAAAAGAGAAACCAAUAUUAUUGUUACUCGACAAUCAUGAAUCGCAUUUAUCAAUAGAAAGUCUAAACUAUUGUAAAGAAAAUGGUAUCAUUAUGCUAUCAUUCCCACCCCACUGCUCGCAUAAGUUACAGCCAUUAGACAGGAGUGUUUUCGGACCACUUAAAAAAUACGUCAAUACCACGUGGCACGUGUGA